AAUUAUCGUUUUUCAGCAAUCAAUGAAGUGGAACGGCCGUCCCGACAUAGUGUAGAAGACUUCCGUCUGUUCUCACUGUAGCGCGACCUCCUGCUCAGUAGAAUCUUGCUUUCUUGCCAUUCGAUGUCGGCCCGGAGGUGUAGCGGUGUGAUGAUGCGGAGGAAGAGUAGCGAGGGUCUGCUCGACACUGCGGACGACCUGGCGGAAAAACUCGACUGUCUCGGCGACAUAUUGGAGGAGAUCGACCAAAAAUACAACGAGGCUGUUGAGGUAGAAUGUGCACAGGAAGCAGAGAGCGGCACCAACGUCCGUCUGUACAGAAGACUGAAGGACGGUCUGGAGUCAGCAAGGACGCUGAUUGGCUGUCUGAGGCGGGAAAAAUGGCGGCUGAACAGACGACGAAUGAGUGUUGAGCUGAGACUGGACGAAAUGGAGGAUUACAAGACACACAUCAAGAAGGAUAUGAUCUCUUUACAGUCAAGUCUGAAUGACACGGUAGAUGUUCUGAGCCUGCGCAUUGUUCAGCUUGAGAAUGAUUUAGUUGAACAACAGGAAGUACAGGAGGAGCUAGAAGCAGAGAGAGCCGAUCUCCAGAACCAAGUGAUCCGGCUCGAGCUUAAAUGCAAAGAUCUGGAAGAAGACAAAAACAUUUUCCAGGACGAAAUCAGGUCAAUAAAAAGACAACGAUCUAACGCAUCACUUCAACUGGAAAACGACGAACUGCUCUCCGACAUUGAAGUGUUACAAGAGGAAAAUAAAAACCUAAAAGAAAUGAUCCGCGCCUUAGAGGACGCUAAUAACCCCAAGAAUCAAGAUGGCGGAUCUGAUUUGCAUGGAUACAAAAAUUUAAAAAACAUUGAGAACAAUAACAAUAAACUUCCCCUGAAAGUGUAUGGUUCCUUUUUAAUUAACGAACAAAAUGAAUCCACGGAUCUGUGAUAUGUGAGUUGUGAACCUUUUCGCGUGUGUUCGAAGUGUAAACUCAUUUGACAAGCCAUCCAGUAAAUCAUUUCGAGCACUAUCAACAGGAUUCUCUGAGCAUGCGUACUAUACGUGAAAAUUCCCAGGGAAUACAUGGAAGGACCAAUCCCUGCAUAUCAUCGUGUCCAUUAUUUGGAUGAUUUUUUUCAUGGUUUCAUUAUACACUGUUCAAUAUGGUACCGAACAAAAACAAAAAUGGCUCAGACGAAACCAGCAUUGUACAGAUUCUGUUUUGGAAAUCUACGAUAUUAUAAGUAGCUAGAUUUUCACCCCGUAGAAAAUUCACACAACAUUAAACAUUGCACGGUUGUUUUUUUUUCCUGUCAAUAAUGUUUGAAUCUGGUGUGAUUUAGUUGGUUAUUGGUUACAUUUGACUAGUCAUGUUAAAUGGUUAUUUGUAUGAAAUAAAUAUUUUUAUA